GCUGGCGCUCAGUCGGCGAGGGAUUUGCCCAGCGGAAGUUAUGCCGCUCCCGUUCGGUCAGCCGGGCUCCGGCCGCCGAGAAGCGCCGGGCAUCGUCUCGGGCCAGUAACCCUUCUCGCCAGCCGGUGGAUUUAAGGCGGGGAAGGAAGGGGCAGCGCCGGGCAAGCCGUAGGACAUGGUAGCGCACGAUGACGCCGGCGGGCUCCUGCCCAUUAAGCGGACUAUCCGGGUGAUCGACGCGCAGAACCAGACCUUCCGCGAGCAGGAGGAGCCUAGUAAUAAACGUGUCCGAUCUCUGGCCCGUGUCACUUCCUUGGCAAACCUGAUUUCGCCUGUACGAAAUGGUGCAGUGCGUCGCUUCGGGCAGACCAUACAGUCGUUCUCCCUUCGCGGCGACACCAAAUCCCCAGCGAGUGGUCAGAAGCCCUGUGGCCGGUUAACGGCCCCCACCCCUCCCAAAAGAAGGAACAGUGUCCUCUGGUCCGAGACGUUGGAUGUCACAAUGAAGGAGACGUUGAGCGCCAAGGAAAUCAAACGCCAAGAGGCGAUCUACGAACUCUCUCGGGGAGAGCAGGACUUGAUUGAGGACCUGAAGCUUGCCAGAAAGGCUUACCAUGACCCCAUGCUGAAGCUGUCCAUCAUGUCCGAAGAGGAAUUGAGCCACAUCUUUGGGGACCUGGAUUCCUACAUCCCCUUGCAUGAAGACUUCUUGGAAAAACUGGGGCAGGUGACCCGGCCGGAUGGGUCGGUGGAACAAAUCGGACCCAUUCUUGUGGAAUGGCUCCCCGGGCUGAACGCCUACAAGGCCUAUUGCAGCAACCAGCUGGCAGCCAAAGCCCUCCUGGACCAGAAGAAGCAGGACGCCCGUGUCCAGGACUUCCUGCAGCGUUGCCUGGAGUCUCCUUUCAGCCGCAAGCUGGACCUCUGGAGCUUCCUGGACAUUCCUCGCAGUCGCCUGGUCAAGUACCCCCUCCUCCUGAAGGAGAUCCUCCGGCACACGGCCAACGAUCACCCCGACGUCCAGAGUCUGGAAGAAGCGAUCUGCCUCAUCCAAGGGGUCCUCUCGGACAUCAACUUGAAGAAAGGAGAGUCGGAAUGCCAAUACUACAUCGAUAAGCUGGAAUACCUGGAUGAGAAGCAGCGGGAUCCACGGAUUGAAGCGAGCAAAGUUUUGCUUUGUCACGGGGAGCUGAAGAACAAGAACGGCCAUAAGCUUUACAUCUUCCUUUUCCAAGAAAUCUUGGUCCUCACCCGGCCCGUGACGCGGAACGAGCGCCAUUCUUACCAAGUGUAUCGGCAGCCGAUCCCGGUACAAGACCUGGUGCUGGAGGACUUGCAAGAUGGGGACGUCAAAAUGGGCGGGUCGUUCCGAGGUGCAUUCGGCAAUUCGGAUAAAGCCAAAAACAUCUUCCGGGUCCGUUUCCGGGACUCCUCCUCGGGCCAGUCCCACACCCUGCAGGCCAACGACAUUUUCCACAAGCAGCAGUGGUUCAACUGCAUCCAGGCGGCCGUCGCGCCCUUCCAGCCGUGCCCCGUGCCCUUCGAGAUGAAGGACCUGCCCGAGCUGAGCGAGGAAGGCGAGGAGAACCACCAACCCUUCGGCUCCAACGCCAAGAUCCAAAGGAGGCAGCCUUCCGCCUCGGGCAGCUUCCGCCUGGAGCUGGGCGAGAACGGCGCCGAAGACGACGCGGCGGGAGAGCCGAAGAACGUCAAAAUCUACCGGAUGCAUUCGGCGCUCAGGAGGAGCAGGGACAAAAACCAGAUCAGCGUCAAGCGGAAAGAGACUCUGGUUUAAAAAAGCCGGAGCGAGCGGCCUCCUCGCUCUUUUAUUUAUAAAUAAAAGUGUACAUUUUCUUUCCUGUAAUGUGAGAAUGGUGAAGGGACUCUCCUUCUCUCUUUGUUGGUCUUUUUGUGUUGUUACAUGUGAGUCAUGGUUCCUUUCCUUUCCUUUUUUACUUUUCCUUCCCUUCCUCUUUUUUCUUUCUUUCUUUUCUUCCUUCCUUCCCUUUCCUUUUUUCCCUUCCUUUUUCUUUUAAAGGCAGCUACUGGUUUUUCCGCAAACGUUGUUGAACCCGGCGUCUGAUCCCUGGGGGUUUGGGGUCGAAAUUAAGGGCUUUGGAUUUCUGGAUUGCAACAGCCGACUCCGGAGGUCUCGAUCCUUCUGUACAUACUGUUAAUAUCGGGAAGGAAAAAGCAUUCUCCAAAGGAGUGCAAAGCGUUGGUAAAAUUGCUUUCUGGAUACAAAUCAGCUCUUUAUAUAUUCAAAAACAACAACAGUUCAUCGGGAGGGAAAAUUGGAAUUUUGAAAGAGCUUUGUGGCUCUUGAUGAUUUCGAUUCUCUUGAACACAAGUCGUCUGAUUGUCCACUUUUCUUCUAAAGCAGCGCUUCUCAAUCGUGGCGACUUUGGCUGGGGAAUUCUGGGAGUUGAAGUCCACCUGUCUUAAAAUCGCCACGGUUGAGAAAAAACCCUCCGCUCUCAAGGGCCGGGACCGUUCCACCCAGAAAGACCCCAGGUUCAACGCGUUUCCAUUUGAACGACUGGAAUUCUACACUCGGUGGUGUGCUUUCCCUUCUGCGGAAUUGCUACGCCACGUAUUUAAUCUUGUUUUUGUUUUUGUUUUUUUAAAUAUUAUUUGAAUACUUUUGUAGACCCUUCCUUUUGUACUUUUGAGUCCUGUGUCGUUUCUUUCUCGAUACGGGACCCUCCCACCCUUUCUCCCCCCGUCUCCCCACUCCCUUUUCUUGAUGCAUGAGUGCUGGUAUGUAUACUAUUUGUGAUUCCAGACCGAAAAGCCAAUUCAGACCCUUGGAAAUCCGGUGGAAACCAAGCCAUAGAUUAACUGGGAGGCACUGCAGUCGCAGGGAAGGAGGGAAAAACAGGCCGGUGGAUCCCACCUUCCCAACGGAUCCGGGAUUCGGGGAAUCUCUUGAAAGAAACUUGCCUCUCGGUGUCAAAAAGUGGAGCUCCGGUGGUCGGGGAAUCGGCUCUCUUAAAAAUAAGGAGGAAAAGCGAAGUUUGUUGGGACGAAUAGCAGUGGGGGGGAGAAAAAUAACCCCAGCGGUCUGAAUGUGAACUGCUGGAAGAGAAAGAAGGAAGAAGGAUAAAACGAAGGGAUAAAAAAAAAAGGGGACAGUUUGCGAGAGAAAGGACGAAGUCUUUUGAAAGGCAUCGAAAGACGCAGUCACGGUGGGAAGCGCAGAGGAAGCAUGUUGUAAGUCGGUGAAGAGGGUUAGUGAGGGGUUUGUCGCUGUGUUGGGAACGGGGAAGAUAAAAUAUGGAUGUUGGGUUUAAUGGCAAUUUUCUUUUGAGGAUUGAUCUCCAGGUGGGAAGAAGGCCCUUGCUCAAGAGGCAAGGAGUUUUCC